AUGAUCUUCUUCUAUGUCAACUUUGACAAAUGCAGAAAGGAGAUUAUCAGAUAUGAAGACAAGAGAAAUACAGCUUCAGAUGGAGUCUAAAAGCACCCUAAGAACUCCAAGAAAGAAGCACUUGACUUGCUCAAAUGCCAUUCAAAGAAGUAAAACCAUUUCAAUUUGCUUUAUGUGAUAUUAAAAUUCUUCGAUAGUUUGAGCUUUGAGCCAGUCUGCUUAGAACCAUUUAAUGAUGCCAGAGAAUGUUUAUUCAGACUUGAUGGUCAAAUGAGAGUAUGCGAGCCAGAGCUUAACUUGUUUGAGGAGUGCGUACACGACCCAGUUAGAUUUGAGAAAUUCCAAAGACUUGCUACUCCAGUUCAAAGAAUGCCAAAGGAUUACUUCUCAACCAUUGUCAGAAAGAACUACUUCAUCUGA